UCACCCCUCGCCGUUAUUUAAGACCGGCUCGAGCUCAAGCAGAGCAGAAGCAGUGCAGUGAGAGUGAGUGAGCUCGCCACACUCCCCCCAGCUUAGCCGAGCUACCUCACUCAAGAAAGCAUGGAUCCCUGCAAGUUCCGGCCGUCGAGCAGCUUCGACACCAAGACGACGACCACCAACGCCGGCCAGCCGGUGUGGAACGACAACGAGGCGCUCACCGUCGGCCCGCGCGGCCCCAUCCUGCUGGAGGACUACCACCUGCUGGAGAAGAUCGCCCACUUCGCGCGCGAGCGCAUCCCGGAGCGCGUCGUCCACGCCAGGGGCGCCUCCGCCAAGGGCUUCUUCGAGUGCACCCACGACGUCACCGGCCUCACCUGCGCCGACUUCCUCCGCGCGCCCGGGGCGCGCACCCCCGUCAUCGUCCGCUUCUCCACCGUCAUCCACGAGCGCGGCUCGCCCGAGACCAUCCGCGACCCGCGCGGGUUCGCCGUCAAGUUCUACACGCGCGAGGGCAACUGGGACCUGCUCGGCAACAACUUCCCCGUCUUCUUCAUCCGCGACGGCAUCAAGUUCCCCGACGUCAUCCACGCCUUCAAGCCCAACCCCAAGUCGCACGUGCAGGAGUACUGGCGCGUCUUCGACUUCCUCUCCCACCACCCGGAGAGCCUCCACACCUUCUUCUUCCUCUUCGACGACGUCGGCAUCCCCACCGACUACCGCCACAUGGACGGCUUCGGCGUCAACACCUACACCUUCGUCUCCCGCGCCGGCAAGUCCCACUACGUCAAGUUCCACUGGAGGCCCACCUGCGGCGUCAGCUGCCUCAUGGACGACGAGGCCACCCUCGUCGGCGGCAAGAAUCACAGCCACGCCACCCAGGACCUCUACGACUCCAUCGACGCCGGCAACUUCCCCGAGUGGAAGCUCUUCGUGCAGGUCAUCGACCCCGACGACGAGGACCGCUUCGACUUCGACCCGCUCGACGACACCAAGACCUGGCCCGAGGACCUCGUCCCCCUCCAGCCCGUGGGGCGCCUCGUGCUCGACCGCAACGUCGACAACUUCUUCAACGAGAACGAGCAGCUGGCCUUCGGCCCGGGGCUCGUCGUGCCCGGGAUCUACUACUCCGACGACAAGAUGCUGCAGUGCAGGGUGUUCGCCUACGCCGACACGCAGCGCUACCGCCUGGGGCCCAACUACCUGAUGCUCCCCGUCAACGCGCCCAAGUGCGGCUUCAAGAACAACCACUACGACGGCGCCAUGAACUUCAUGCACCGCGACGAGGAGGUGGACUACUACCCGUCACGCCACGCGCCGCUCCGGCACGCCGAGCCGGCCAGCUUCCCCGUGCCCACGCGGCCCGUCGUCGGAAAAAGGGAGAAGACGAGGAUCAAGAAGGAGAACGACUUCGUGCAGCCCGGGGAGAGGUACCGCAGCUGGGCGCCCGACCGCCAGGACAGGUUCGUGCGCCGCUUCGCCGACGCGCUCGCCCACCCCAAGGUCAGCCACGAGCUCCGCGUCAUCUGGAUCGACUUCCUCUCCAAGUGUGACAAGUCGUGCGGCAUGAAGGUGGCCAACCGCCUUAACGUGAAGCCAAGCAUGUGAUGGAUGGAUCGAUCUGCCAUGGAUGAUGGAUGGACCGUUCUGCGUGUAAACUUUGUGCUAUACGUACGUAUCAUGGACCAGCAAUAAGAGACCAUGCCAGCUAUAAUGUGGAUCAUGUGGUCGAUUACAUACUGUGCUGCUACUAAUAAGUUACUAUCCUUUUUUUUAAUCCAGCAAAUGAAAUUAAAGUGGGUGCUUUGGAGCUUAUGAA